CGCUGCAGGUUGGACUCCAAGCAGACAGAGCAGAGCAGCGGCCGCCCACUCACUGAUGGACUAACCUGGAGCUCUCAUUUUAACACGCAGGCUGAGAUUGAACAGUGACAAUGCAGUGGCUCCUAAAGGUUUUGAUCCUCACGCUGGCCCUGUCGAGCCCGACCAGAUGCCAAAACAGAAGGAGGAAAGGCCAGAGAGAUGAUAACCAGGUCAUCAUUAACGAGGCCAAAACCCUGAUCUGCCCGGUGGAGAUCAUGUUCAUCGUGGACAGUACCGAGAAAGCCAAAUCUCUGCAGUUUGAGCGCCAGAAGGACUUCAUCCUGCGCUUCAGCACCAAGCUGAUGCAGCUCCAGUCGGCCGGCUGGCGUCUGCGUCUGCGCCUGGCCGCUCUGCAGUACAGCAGCAGCGUGUCCGUGGAGCACAACUUCCGCGACUGGCAGGACGUGGACGUCUUCCAGAGCCGGGUGGCCGCCAUGACGUUCAUCGGCCACGGCACCUACUCGGCCUACGCCAUCGCCAACGCCACGCAGGUGUUCAACCGUGAGACGUCGCCCAGCAGCCUGAGGGUGGCGCUGCUGAUGACGGAUGGAACGGACCACCCGCGCAGCCCCAGCGCUGUGACGGCCGCAGCCGAGGCCAAGCAGCACAACAUCAGGGUGUUCACCAUCAGGCUCUCGGGCCUGCCGAGGGACGGCCCCAUGGGCGCAAGACUGAGAUCCAUCGCCAGCGCCCCCCCACAGCAGCAUGUCCUCAGCCUCACCGACAGCCAUCUGGAUGACAGACUCUUCAAGGAACUGAACACAAUUGUCAAAACUGGGUGCCCCCAGCCAAAGAGCUGUCUGUGUGAGAGGGGGGAGAGGGGUCACCCUGGAAGCCCGGGGAAACCAGGCGAGCCGGGCUCUGACGGAGCUCCAGGUCCAAAGGGAUCUCGUGGGGAACCGGGCAUUAAUGGACGUCCAGGAAUGGAGGGCCUUGAGGGUCGGCCUGGAAGCAUAGGGGAAAAGGGAGAACAGGGUGAAUGUGGUGCCCCCGGUAAGAAGGGAGAACGGGGUGCAGAUGGAGCUCCUGGCCCCAGAGGCCCCAGAGGAGAGCAGGGAGCCAGAGGAGCAACUGGAGACCAGGGUCCAGAGGGGACACCUGGAUCUAAAGGUGACCGAGGACUGAGGGGAGCAUCUGGACCUCCGGGAGAUAAUGGCAUUGGGUUCCCUGGUCCCAAGGGUGACAAGGGAAACCAAGGAAGACCAGGUCCUCCUGGACCAAUGGGUAUGGGUGAACCAGGGACACCAGGUCCAGCAGGGCCACCAGGGAUGCAAGGAUCGCCGGGGUUUUCGGGUGAGGGUCUCCCAGGGCCCAAGGGCGACCGGGGGUAUGAGGGUCCCAAAGGCAGCCGUGGACCUCCAGGAGUCGGCUACAAAGGUGAUAAGGGGAACACCGGAGCACCAGGGCUGCCAGGCUUGGUGGGCUUUCCAGGGGCAGGCAUGCAAGGAGAUAAGGGGGACCACGGGCCACCUGGGCCUUCUGGUCCCAGAGGACCUCCUGGACUGGGUAUAGUUGGACCAAAGGGUGACCAGGGUUUCCCUGGAGAGCCUGGACCUCAGGGAGAUAGGGGUGUUGGUGAACCAGGACCGAAGGGGGAGCCCGGGCCCGACGGGGCUGCUGGGAUACCUGGCAUUCCUGGGGAGGAUGGAGCUGUUGGGCCUAAGGGAGAGAUGGGGUUGCCAGGUCUGCGAGGCCUAGAGGGAGCACCGGGCAAAGGCUUCCCGGGAGAAAAGGGGGACAGAGGUGACCGUGGAGCGAGGGGACUUUCAGGGUCUCCAGGCCCCGUUGGACCUGCUGGAGCUAAGGGAGAGCCCGGGAGUCCAGGGAUGAUGGGCCUACCUGGACCGGCCGGGCGUGGCUUACCAGGAUCAAAGGGGGAUCCUGGGCCUGUAGGACCAGCUGGACCUGUUGGAGAACAUGGAGUAGGAAUCAUUGGCCCGAAGGGUAACAAAGGAAACAUUGGACCUGUGGGGCCGCCAGGAAUGAAGGGAGAUGGCUUCCCAGGACCACAGGGGCUGCCUGGCUUACCAGGAGUGCAAGGAGAGAUGGGACCUGAAGGGAAAGGACUACCGGGAGCCAAGGGUGACAGAGGCUUGCCGGGCGUGCCGGGGCCCUCGGGCCCUCCUGGAGUUGGGCUUUAUGGACUGAAGGGCUCUACAGGGCAGCCUGGCCCACCAGGCAUGAUGGGGCCUCCAGGAGAGGGCAUUCAGGGACCAAAGGGAGAGCCUGGGUUUCAGGGGCCAAUGGGCCCUCGGGGGCCACCGGGGGAUGGCCUUCCAGGGGAGAAGGGUGACAGAGGCAUUGCUGGAGACCGGGGAAGGAAAGGAGACAAGGGAGACUAUGGAGAACCGGGAUCUACUGGACCAAUGGGGAGGGCUGGAGAAAAGGGAGAACCAGGACUGAAGAGAGAAGAGGUCAUCAGGAUUAUAAGGGAAAUCUGUGGCUGUGGUCUCAAGUGCCGAGCGAGCCCUCUGGAGCUGGUGUUUGUGGUCGACAGCUCCGAGAGCGUGGGACCAGAGAACUUUAAGCUGGUGAAGGACUUUGUGAACGCCGUCAUCGAGCGGCUGCCUGUGAGCCGAGACGCCGGUCGGAUCGGCGUGGUGCUCUACAGCCACGUGGACGUGGUGGUGGUCAGCUUGCAGCAGCAGCUCAGCCAGGACGACGUCAAGGCCGCCGUCAGGAAGAUGCCGUACCUCGGCGAAGGCACCUUCACGGGCAGCGCCAUCCAUCGCGCCAACCAGCUGUUCCAGGCCUCGCGGCCUGGCGUGAGGAAGGUGGCGGUGGUGUUAACGGAUGGCCACGCCGACGCCCGCGACGUCAUGCAGUUUGAAGAAACGGCGACGGAGGCCCACGCUGAGGGCAUCGAGAUGUUUGUGAUAGGAGUCGCGAACAAGACGGACCCUCUCUAUGAAGAGUUCCAGGCUCAGAUGGAUGUUAUUGCUUCUGACCCUGAUGAAGAGCACGUCUACCUCAUAGAUGACUUCAGGAUGCUCCCCGCUCUGGAAAGCAAAAUACUGAGUCGGAUUUGUGAGCAGGAUGACACAAUGGCUUUUCUACCAAACUCUGUCUUUCCACCGAUGGAAAUCCACCCGAAGGCUCCAGAAGACCGCCGCUCCAAAGAGUUCCCAGUCGAGGAAAACAUCCAACUUGAACUCCCAGUGGAGACAGUAACCGCCCCGACCCCACUGCCCCACGAGGCACGGCGGCCCGACGGGAACCUGCUCGACACUGAGCCCUGGAACGAGCUGCCGGACAUCACGCCGGGCUCUCCUGGGGGCCCCGGGGCCAUCUCCGUGGCGGGUCCUCAGACUCUCACUGACUGGCUGUACGAGGCUGAGAGCACAGAGGCUCCGGCCAGCGCCCCCCCUCCCCCGCUGACACACUCAGCGCUGCCAGAUCGGGGGUGCAGUCAGCCUCUGGACCCCGGUCCCUGUCGGCAGUACGUAGUCCGGUGGUACUACGACCCCGAGGCCAACGCCUGCGCUCAGUUCUGGUACGGAGGUUGUCAGGGCAACGCAAACAACUUUGAGACUGAAGCUGGCUGCAAGAACUCCUGCGUCUACACGUAACAAACUGUGAGUUUGGAGAGAAGGGUGUGUGCAGAGCCAACAUGCUCCAUUACCACUGAGGAACACAACAGACUGAUGAUGCAGACCAGCAGCUCACUCUGAACCAGAUGGUGAUGAAGAGCAGACUUGGCCCUCCUCAGUGUCUCUCAGGCUACGUUCACACUGCAGGUGCUCCUGCUCAGUUUUCAACUGCUGCACAUGUACUAACUGUCUAAUCAUUUUGGACAAUACUUCUAUCUGCUCUUGGAUUUACACCUAAAUAUAUAACUCAAAAAGAAUACAGGCUGACAGGAGUGUCACAGGACUGGUUCAAAAUGUCGUCCCCAAACUCAAAUGCUUUUGUUUUUGCUUUCUUUGUUGUUGCCUCGUCGUCCUCCAUGCAAACACUAACCAUAAUCCCUCUUUACACUGGACUGGAAAAACCAGGGGCACGUCACGGUUUCCCCCAGAAAAGUUGUUUAGCCUGGUUGCAAGUGUCUUUUUCUCAAAGAGGGCCCUGGCCGGGACCAGUCCCAGACCGAUGGCAGCAUUAAUGUAGAGCCCAAUAGUUUCUGUGGUAACACAAUCAUGAAUGGAAUCGCAAAAUUGAAAUUUAAAAGAGCUAAACCCAGAUUCCACAGGGCCCCACAUUAAGUCAGAGCUAAAAGCUAACUGGAGAUUUGAAUAUAUGACUCUGUCUAAGUUUCAAAUUGAUCAGCCCCACUGUAACUAGUUUUAAAACACGUCUUAACAAACAUUUAAAAAAAAGAAUUCCCAAUGGCUUAGGCCUGGUGGGCCACCAGGCUUACAGUACACUGGGGGAAACCCUGCAUGUAUCACAAAGCCACGUCAGCUUUAACACUGGUGAUCCUGGGUAACUGAUAUCACAAAACUGGUUGGCUUAAGCUCUUCCAGCACAUUCAAAUUCUUUACCAUGAGUAGAGAACGUACUAUAACAGCCAAAACACACCGCAGGAGUAAAGGGUAUAGCAGCGUAGCGCAGCGAUUUUUAUUCUGCCGCCCCUAUUAUCCAAUCUGUCCGUUCACACCGGUGCGUAGAAAUACUUGUGAAAGGCCAGGCACACGAUCAGGCACGUAUGUACGCUACGCGGCACUUAAGGCGGGCGCUGUGUUCCCAGUGUAAUAUCACUCCUCUAUCUUUAACUGCUUAUCCAGGGUCGGGUCGCGGGGGCAGCAGCUCCAGCAGAGGACCCCAAACUUUCCCUUCCCGACCCACAUGAACCAGCUCUGACUGGGGGAUCCCGAGGCGUUCCCAGGCCAGGGUGGGUCCUGGGUCUCGCCCCUAGGCCUCCUCCCAGCUGGACCCUCCUCAGCUUCCCACCCUAUCGCUAAGAGAAACGAGAUCAUUCGCGAGAUCAUUUCUGGGUGUCGCCAGAUGGUCGGGGAGAAAAACAUGAAAUACAAUUCUAGACCGGGGAAUGGUUUAUAUUACUGCGUGAGUUUGGUACAUUUCAUGUGUUGUAUUCAGAGCUUCAUUUGUAAAUCAGGAGGUCCUGGGACACAGAAAGGGGUCUGGAGGCGGGUCAGGGGGAGAGAAAAAGACACAAACACAUCCAACAUCCACAUAGCCUGGAGCACAUUGGACAAGGCUAGGUGCUUUUUGUGUGACUUCCCAAUGUUUGCCCCCAUCAGUCAGUGCCGUCACGUUAGCAAAACCGGUUCUACUUCUUCCAUGGUCUCACAGACCUCCUCCUGUUCUCUGAGCUGAUGAAAUCACUAACAGCUGACACAUUUUGUGGUGCAUAUUAGGAGUGGGACUCACCAGAGGCCUCACGAUACAAUAUCAUUACGAUACUUACUCUACAAACCAGACUUCAUUUCUUUACAUUUUAGACCACGGAUGAAGGCUGUCAUGUGUGGAUGUUAAGUAUGAAGCUACAGCCAGCAAUUAAAUUUGAUUUUUUUUUAUUUAGUGUCAAAUUAUAACAGUUCUCUCAGGACACUUUACAGAUAGAGUAGGUCUAGAGAGUAUUUUCUAUGAGUGUGGUUGGUCACAAUCUGAAUACCUAACCCUUCGCCAGAAAGCAAAGAAGAGUAUUUCCCAAAACGUCAAACUAUUGCAUUAAAUCUAAACAGCAGAAACAGUUUAUGGAGGCGAUGGAACCGCAUUUAAACCAGGAGGGGGUUUAAACAGCACCCCUGAAAGUGUUCCCACAGUGUCGUCGUGUUGGUCACUCCCAUGUGGGUCCAAAAAUAGCAACAUGGAAACAAGAUGGAGUCAGCUAUAGAAUACCAAAGCCCCAACAGACAAAGAGAUGUCGCUCAUCGGUUUAUUCAAACAUUCUGUCUAAUCCAGGCAGCCGGGCAGGACUCACAGGUGUGGACAGACAACGUAUAGAGUGGGGGUGUCAAGUUUCACUUCGGGCCCGGUGGAACAUGAGAAUCACACCGAGGGCCAGACAUGUCGAGUUUAUUCGCAUGCUUUUAUUUCAUUGAAAAAGUCAAGCAUCUUUGACUAUAUUACGAAUUUUUCAUAAUUUUUGUUCCUUUUCUUUAAUUUUUUUGUGGCUUUC